CCACCUGGUUCAUUUCUCCUCCGCUGUGCGCCCGUUCUUAUCUCUCCGCUCCCAGCUUCUCUUUCUCUCGCCAGCAAGGUCCUUUUUUAUUCCGGGAUUCUGUCGAAGCUUCCGGAUUCUCCUGCCGCCGUCUGGUUUCGCGGCGCGCCCGCCGCGGGCGCCUCCGCGUGGAGGCGGCGACUCGGACCGCUCAUUGGAUUGAACACACGAACAGCAGCGGCACCGAACAGCUAGAGGGAGAGAUCUAGUACUGGCCAGGAUCAUGGGUGCUCUUUGUGAUUUCUGUGGAGAGCAAAGGCCAACGAUUUAUUGCCGAUCAGAUGAAGCAUCUUUAUGCUUAUCGUGUGAUCGUAGUGUGCAUUCAGCUAAUACCCUUUCUCGGCGACAUACGAGGACCCUCCUUUGUGAUCGAUGUGCUUCACAGCCCGCAGAGGUCCGCUGUCUUGAAGAGAACGCCUCACUUUGCCAAAAUUGUGAUUGGAACAGCCAUGGUGCAACAUCCUCGGCUGCUGGCCAUAAAAGGCAGACCAUAAACGGCUACACUGGGUGCCCAUCAUCAGAAGAGCUGUCAAGAAUCUGGUCCUUUGAUAUGGAUAUCUUCACUGCAACUGCUGAGCCUAACUGUGUGGAAGGCAUAAGCAUGAUGAACAUUAAUGACAGUAGUGUCAGUAAUCAUUGUGGCGCUCAACAAGGUAACAGUCUGCUGGAUAUAGCCAACACAACACUCACGAGUGAUCCACCCACUGGUGAAAAGAUUACAUCCAGAGAUGGGAUGAAUCUUCGGCCCCUCGCCACACAUCAGCCAGCUGAACCAGUUUCAGUGACGCCCAAGGUACCCUGUGUAACAGAUGAAGAUAUGUUUAAUGAUGACAGCAUAUAUGAAAACUUCUGUGUGGAUGAUGCUGAUCUGACAUUUGAGAACUAUGAAGAACUGUUUGGUACCUCACACAUUCAGACAGAGCAACUAUUUGAUGAUGCUGGAAUUGACAGUUACUUUGAAUCGAAGGAAAUGCUAGCUGAUGAAUGUAACGAGCUCAAGCCCACGCAGCCUGAAUGUAGCAACAUGGUUUCUGCUGAUUCCAGCAUUUGCAUUCCUGCUAGGCAUGCCAUCUCCAAUAUAUCCGUCUCCUUCUCUGGGUUCACUGGUGACAGCAAUGCUGGAGAUCAUCAAGAUUGUGAGGUAUCUCAAAUGCUCCUUAUGGGUGAGCCUCCAUGGCUUCCUCCUGGUCCUGAAGGCUCACUUGCCAGUGGUAGCAGAGGUAGCGCUCUCUCACGGUACAAGGAGAAGAAGAAGAGACGAAAAUUUGACAAGAAGAUCAGGUAUGCUUCUCGCAAGGCUAGGGCAGAUGUGAGAAAAAGGGUCAAGGGUCGAUUCGUAAAAGCUGGUGAAGCAUACGACUACGAUCCACUCAGCGAAACAAGAAGCUACUGAAGCCCGAAUGCAAUUGGCUAUUAUUGAGUGUCAGACUAGCAGCAAGAUAACCUUCAGGGCUCGUUUGGUGUUGCUCGCACUAAGCAAAAGCGCUGGAGAACGCAAGCAAUUGUGCCAGACGGUGCAAUCGAAAAAGUCGGGAAAAAAUAAUAUACCAGUAGGUGAGUUGGAAAACAAGACAAAUAGAAUAGGUGCAAGAAGUUCAUGUAUGCUGUUGCUCCAUUUUCUCCUUGACAGUGGACGGAACAUGCAUAUCGUUUUCUUCUUGGUGAGUGGUUUCAAUCACUCUUCACCAUAUGUGCAUUAAUCCAAUACAAUUACUGGGGCUAGAACUCCAUCUCUAACCACCGUGUGUGCGUGGCUUCUGCGCCUGCUUCUGCCUUGGUGCUGGGCUUGCGCUGCCAGGUCGGACCUGUAGGUAACAUGAUUAAUUAUACUUCUGGAGUCGCUCCUGUAAUAUUAUUUAUAUAUGAAAUAGUCUGUAGCUAUUUAGAUAAAUACACUGGUACAUUGUUUAAAAAAUAAUCCUGGUGCCUGUCACUUGUAAAGUUUGUUCUUGUAAAGAUGUUGGGUAUAAAUUAGACGCGUUCACGUACGUGAACACUGAACA